AGCUGCCAGACUGGAGUAACUCAAUGGAUAGCAGCAUGCAGCGGAUUACUACAGACGACUGCAGUGCAAGGCCAGUGUAAACAGAUGCUCUACAGUACUUUCCAGAGACACAAGCCUGGGCAGUUCCCACUGUCUGAAUCCUGUGGUGGAUUGAUUCAAGCCAGUGGAGCCAUUACACAGCAAAGCAGAUCAUUCUCCAAUACACAUAAGCAUCUUUCUGCAAAAGAUUCCGUGCAGCCAUCUGAAGAGAAAGUGGGCACUUUCACCAGGAUAAUAGAAGCACUGGGUUUCACAGGACCACUGAAGUAUAGCAGAUGGAAGAUUAAGGUGGCAGCUUUGCGCAUGUACACGUGCUGUGUGGAGAAAACUGACUAUGAGGAAUUUUUUAACAGGUGCCGAAUGCCUGACACUUUGAAUUCAUGGUUUCUAGUAGCCCAGCUUCAUGUCUGGAUGUGUCUGGUCCGCAUGAAGCAGGAGGGUCGCACAGGAAAAUACAUGUGUCGCUAUAUAGUUCACUGCAUGUGGGAGGAUGUGGAGCAGCGUGGUAAGGUGAUGGGGAUUAAUUCUGUUGUUCUAAAGCAAGAUAUGAGAAGUAUGGUAGAAAAUUUCUAUGCAGCUCUAUUUGGAUAUGAUGAGGGAAUCUUGUCUGACGAUCAUGUUCUGGCAGCAGCUCUUUGGAGAAACCUCUUUAACAAGAACUGCGAGGACCCUCGACAUCUGGAGUUACUUGUAGAGUACGUGCGCAAACAGGUGCAGCACCUGGACGCGCUGAGCGGGGAGGACCUGCUGCUGACGGGUGAGGUGAGCUGGCGGCCGCUCGUGGAGAGCAACGCCCGCAGCAUCCUCAAGCCCCUUUCCCCUGUUUACAAUGACGAAGGACUCUGA